CAACAGACAGCUGGGCGGGCUUCACUCUCCCCGUCCGUUUGGGAGUGUGUGUCCUUCUCAACAAACCAUAUGUGAGGAUUUCCAGGCUGAUGAAAGCGAUCCAUGCGACUGUAGUCAGGAGCUGAGCCCCACCACCGAAGAGAGGCAGCGGCUUUUAGAGUGUGUGUGUGUGUGUGUGUGCGGCGUCUUCUCAAAGAAGGUAAAUUAUCUCCAGCAGAUCAUUCGGCGCCAGACAGGAUGAUUCUGGCCACGUUAAAAGGCAUUGGGAAGCAGCUCCUGCGGGUGAAGGUCGUAAACUGUAACGCCGAGGAUUCGCACUUCUCUCGAUGCCUUAACACGUUCGACCUGGUGGCGCUGGGCGUCGGCAGCACGCUGGGUGCCGGGGUGUACGUGCUGGCCGGCGCCGUUGCCCGGGACAGCUCUGGACCUGCCAUCGUCCUCUCCUUCCUCAUCGCUGCCGUCGCCUCAGUCCUGGCUGGUCUGUGCUACGCCGAGUUCGGCGCCCGCGUGCCUAAAACUGGCUCAGCGUACCUCUACAGCUACGUAACGGUUGGAGAACUCUGGGCCUUCAUCACUGGCUGGAACCUCAUCCUCGCUUACGUUAUUGGAACUUCAAGUGUGGCCCGAGCAUGGAGCGCGACCUUCGAUGAGCUGAUUGGACGGCACAUUGAGGAGUUCUGCAGGCGAUACAUGAGCAUGAAUGCUCCGGGUGUCCUGGCUGAGUACCCAGACAUAUUUGCUGUCUUCAUCAUACUCACUCUGACAGGACUGCUUGCGUUCGGAGUGAAGGAGUCAGCCUUGGUAAAUAAAAUAUUCACCUGCAUCAACGUACUGGUGCUGCUGUUUGUGAUCAUCUCUGGCUUGGUCAAAGGAGACCGAAAAAACUGGAGCUUGAACCCUGAAGAGAUCCUCAACGCCACCACCAGCAACUCAAGCCUGAAUGUGUCUGAUCUGCUACCAUCAGAAGAAAGUCUUGGCGAGGGCGGCUUCAUGCCCUUUGGCUGGACUGGAGUCCUGUCUGGUGCCGCCACCUGCUUUUAUGCCUUCGUGGGGUUUGACUGCAUUGCCACUACAGGAGAAGAAGUGAAAAACCCCCAGAGGGCCAUUCCUGUCGGGAUCGUGGCCUCGCUCCUCAUCUGUUUCGUGGCGUACUUCGGUGUGUCCGCGGCUCUCACUGUUAUGAUGCCCUACUACCUGCUGGACAAGAACAGCCCACUGCCAGUGGCCUUUACAUAUGUGGGCUGGGAUGGAGCCACUUAUGCAGUGGCCAUUGGCUCUUUAUGUGCCCUGUCGACCAGUCUCCUCGGCUCCAUGUUUCCACUUCCACGCAUUAUCUUUGCUAUGGCUCGUGAUGGUCUGCUCUUCUCGUUUCUGGCACGUGUCAGCGAGAGGAAGACGCCCAUCAUCUCCACCUUUGUGGCAGGGCUUUUGUCUGCUGUGAUGGCUUUCCUGUUUGACCUGAAGGACCUCGUUGACCUCAUGUCCAUCGGCACAUUGCUGGCCUACACCCUGGUAGCGGCCUGUGUGUUGGUCCUCAGGUACCAGCCUGAAGUCCCCAGCACAGCCUACGAGAUGGCCAACACUCAGGAUGAAAAUGAAAUGGGUGAGUCUUACAACGAGGGGAACAUCGACAUGUUACCGCAGCCAGAGGAUCGCUUCACCAUCAGGAACCUACUGAUCCCUUCAAACACAGAGCCGUCCCCUCUGUCUGGGUUUGCCGUCAACAUCUGCACCAGUGUACUUGGUGUUUUGGUGUGCGUCUUCUGUAUUGUCGCUGUUCAAGGGGGAUGGGCGCCCUGGUCACUGUCCGUCCUCGGUGUUAUCUUGGUGGUUUGUCUGAUUCUCACCUUCAUCGUGUGGAGACAGCCGCAGAGCAAGGCCAAGCUCGCCUUCAAGGUUCCCCUGCUGCCCUUCCUCCCAGUCAUGAGUUUGUUCAUCAACGUCUACCUGAUGAUGCAGCUCGACAGAGGGACGUGGUUGCGCUUCUGCAUCUGGAUGGUUAUAGGUUUCAUUAUCUACUUCGGCUAUGGCAUUCGCAACAGCUCAGAGGCCGUGUCUGGCAGCUACACGGCAGCCUGCGAAAUAAAGGGAGAGCCCAUGGCGGAGAAGAAAGCCUUCUUACACAACGCACAACGCGCCACCGGAGACGACGACGAUGACGAUGAUGACGAUGAAGAUUCCUGAAGCGGGAGGUUUAUUUAUCUUUUUUCUGCGUAGUAAACAAUGACACGUGUUAAAAUCUAGGAGACGCACGGAGACAUUAAUGCACUCCUCCAAUCAGAGUGAUGAGUAGUUUCUUAAAUCUGUCUGUUUUGACAUAUUUAAAAGACUAAAUGAAUACUCUGAAACCCAAGACUUUAUUUUGUAUAAAAGUGUUGUUGGUUUUUUUUUUGCAUUUUUGAUACAGUCAGUUUCACUCGACACAAUGAACUCUGUGGACGGCAGCCAAAGCAAAGCACAAGUUGUUUUAACAAAGUUUUAUCGAGACAUAAUAGGGCGUUUUUAAAAUGUAUUUAAAUUCUAUAAAUCCACAGUAUUCAGUAUCAGACAGAUGAGCCCCAUUCAUUUUGCUCUGUAGUAACUUAAUUUAACUUUUUUAAGCUUUUGUUACUACACAGUCAUUUAUAGCUUGAAAUUACCCAUUGUUAUAUGUUGGGUGUUUACAGAAAAUAUUUGAACUACAGAAAUCAUUUUACUAAAUACCUGAGGAUCGUCUUUUCUUUUCUUUUGGCAUGUGUUUGGCAGACGUCCUGGCAAAUGCUACUCACUUGUCUCGCUGCCUUAGAAGACACAGCGCCGGCUGCUGUGUCCAAAAUCCGACAGGAGAUUAUUUUUAAACCCACGUCUCUUUAUUUCGCACCUUAACUAAUUGCAUUCAUCAAUAAUCCGCAAAUAAUACCUCUAAGACCCAGCUGAGAAUGUCACUGUAUCACUCGGUGCUCCUUUUGUGUUGCAAGUUAACCUCAAAGGUACAACUUUGUCUCUGGGUGUUCAGCUCCGGAGAAGUUGUACUGUGUCGAAAGCACAAUUCUGUUAGCUGUUUUUUUUACGUGAACAGUGCGACUCAGAGAAAUGCAACACCGUGCUCUGAAUAACCUGGAAACAUGACGUUAUGAGGAAGACGGGUGUGAAAGGUAUGAUGCUGCGCAGAUUUAGUUUGCGAUCAAAAGAGACAAGUGUUGUCUCUGUCAGAGAACGACAAGCCAAAGAGAAAAAGCUGCUAAUCGCGUCAGAGGAUGUAUUUUAAAGUGCCUAUGUCCCAAAUGAAUGUUACACCUUAAAGGUAUGAUGUUGCUUCAUCACCAGCGAGAUUUGUGAAAUAUCUAUAUUGUCUGUAUAUAAUUGCACAUUUUGGAUUCUUUUGGAAAAGGCUCGAUGUGUAAUCUGUAAAAGAAACUCUACCUGAGUGGACCAUUUUCACUUUUUAGUUCAGAUACAUCUGAAUGAGACUGAAGUACGAUCAGUGAUGCUGAACACAAACAGUCGCUGUGAACGUCUUCGAGCAGUGACACACGUCGGUGUCUCAGCCAGUCAGACUUUAUUAAAUGAUUGUUUAAACUAACACUGAUUGUGAGUGUUGUGCAGAUUCCCAGGGCAGCUAAAAUCUGAAUGCGACUCAUCGAGGUGUGUGUGUUCACUAAAGACGGAAAAUGCCACAAGGUCCCUUUUUAAACGAACGCUAUGAUGAAAUGUUUUGUUAUUUAUGUUCCUUUGAGAGAAUCUAUUGAUGUAACCUGAAGCCAAAUUCUGUGCGAUUUUAAUUGAAUUGUGUGUCGGGAGAUGUUGCUUUACUGCCAGAGUUGCUGUCAAAGUCGCAUUAAAGAUGCCUUCGGGGUGUAAAGUGUUGCAUUUUAAAGGAGCAGUUCACCCAAAAAUACAAAUUUAGCCAUUACGUUCUCGGGUGAAUUGUUAAUUUUAAGCUAUCGAGGCAACACUGUCACAUGAUUGUGCUGCAGAAAGUUACUGUUUUCCACCCAGUGACUUCUUUUGUAAAUAUGAUGCAUUAAAGCAACUACUGUUUGUUUAACCUGGGCGAUGUUUGAAUCAGUGGGACAUCAUGACUUUUGUUCUCUGUCAUAAAAUCCCACCAUCUUUUGUUUUAGAAACAAGUUUCAAGCAUUUUCUGUCCUUUUGUUUUUCUUUUGUAAAUAGUCGUGAUUUUUCUAAAGUUGCUGCCUUUUGUUACAACUUGUCUGUAACCCCACCGCCCACCAUCUUUAAUCUGUGAAGUCUUUUGUUUAUGUAAAACAAAUUACACCUACACAAACUGUGCCAUGUAGUGUCGUAACAGUCAAUAGAUGUAAUAUAUUUAAAGUCAUCAGCAGGUUUCAUGGAGCCGACGGUGGUUCAGCCUUUUGUUACUGACGCUGUAGUUACAUUUAAACUCGGCCUCGUCCACACUAAUGAAUCCACAAACAGUUUGAAGAUUUGUCCCAUACACUGUUUGUUUUAUGUAAACAUUUGCAUGCUGCACUAUUUUUAAAGUUGUAUUACUUUAAAACUUUAUAAAGCUUGAAAAGAAAAAGAUUUGGACUCUGUAGUACUGCUGAGGUCUAAACAGAUUUACAGUGUAUCAGAGGGAUCAGCUGGAUGUUGGUUGUGGUUUGUAUAUUUUUCUGCUGUAAAUAAAUGAUGCUGAAAGUUUAAGACA